GAAAUGAAUAUUAAAUGUAGUUGACCAUGUCAUUUUUUCUAGUAUAUCAUAUCACUUUUUUUUAGUGAAAGUGAUUAUAGAGAUGAUAUGUGUUAAAUCAACUUCACAAAUAAUGUCUACAAAAUUUUGGUGAAAAAAUUUCAUCAUCUCAGAAAUUAGAAACGUGUAGAGAUAAAAAUCCACCACAAUCUCUCUGGCCUCUAUAGCUAAUCUUUAAAAACCCUUACUUAUUCUCCUCUCCUUUUCGAUUUGAUGUUUACGUUCAUGGAUGCAGCCAGAGUGAAACCUGCUCGUUCCACCAACCCACCGAGCGAAGUUGAUCGGCUAAGCAGUUUGCCAGAUUGCUUGAUAUUACAGAUAUUCUUAAAUCUUCCGACCAAAGAUGUGGUUCAGACUAGUGCGUUGUCCACCAGAUGGACAACUCUCUGGAAAGACGUUCCUGGUCUGGAUUUGGACGCCGAGGAUUUCUAUAUACGCGAAACAUUCGCGAAUUUUGUCGAUAACUUUCUUGAACGCAACCACGGUUUGUCCAUACAUCGGUUUAAGUUAAAGUACGAUUCUUUUUACUUUGAAGAGCCUGCUGGUCUUAUCAACGGCUGGGUCGACACUGCUUCUAGGCUUAAAGUUGAACAUCUGGAUGUUUCGGACAGUUUUUCCGAAUGGGAUCCCAUGAUGAAUCCAACAGUACUUUACACAUGUAGUAACUUGGUGUCCCUAAGGCUGGUGGGAAUGGGCAUACCUAAUCCCGAGCGUGUUUCUUUACCUUCUCUCAAAACAUUGGUUUUAAUCCUCAUUGAGUUUACAAACGAAUGGGCAUUAGAGAAUUUAAUCUCAAAAUGCCCAGUUCUUGAAAACUUUUGUUUUGAGAGAAGCUACGAUGAUGGAAUACCAAUUUUACAUGUGCAUUCUAAGUCUCUGUUGACCUUCAUGCAUGAUGCGGGUUAUCACGAGGAUUAUGAUGAGGAAGAUCGUUUUGUUGAAAUUGAUGCUCCCAUGCUUAAGUAUCUGAAGAUCAGUGAUGAUAGAACUUCAAGUUUCAUAAUAAAGAGUCCACCUUCCGUUGUAGAAGCUGAUAUAGAUACUGUGUUUAACUUGACUUCUGAAAGGAGUCUAGGAAUUGCAAAUGAAGUACAAAAGAGAGAGAUGGUUCGUGAUUUUCUCCUUGGGAUCUCUAAGGUCAAGGAUAUGAGCAUCUCCUCAAGUGCUCUCGAGGUCAUAUAUGAUUACUCAAGAUAUGUACAACUACCGGUAUUUCGUAACCUAUAUACCUUGCGUGUCAGGUUCGACAGCUACAUGUGGGAGAUGUUGCCAGUCUUUCUUGAAGUCUUUGCGAAUCUUAAAACUCUUGUCGUGGGAACUUCUGAAAAUCCCAAGAUGGUGAACCUUAUUGUUAUUGCCAGGCCUUGGAGUCUGUUAUCAUCUCUAGAGUAUGUUGACAUAGAAAGGCCAUUGAGUGGGGAGGCAUUGGAGAUGACACUAGUGGGUUACUUACUCGAGAACUCACCAAACCUCAAGAAACUGUCAUUAAGUCUUCAUGAUUCCCUAAAACAAGGAGAAUCUGUCCACAAGCUAACAUUAAGCUUGGAUGAUGCCCCAAAGAAAGAAGAAUCUGACAUCUUCAUAGAACUCCUUAACUUUCCGAGACUCUCUAGCUCAUGCCAAAUUAUUGUACGAUGAUCCUCAUAGUCAUCACCAAUGGACAUAUAAGUUUGUCUUUGAUAACUAUUUGUUGCUUCUUAGUUUAUUAUGACGUUGGAGUGUUGAAUUUUGUAUGAUAAUUAUAGUAUUUAUCAUAUUUAUGAGUCAAAUAAGUAUUUGAUUUAUCGUGGCUAAAGGCAUAUAUGCUUUGGAAUUUGUGAAGAUGGUUUUGUGCUUCCUUCUUUUGUCUUGCAUGGCUAUAUAUAAUUUUUUGGUAUUAAACAAAAAAUUGGUACCUAUAUGAAAAACAAUUGUUUUAAAAACCACAAAAAGCAUUUCUGAAAGCACAUUUUUACCUCCAAAAAUCACCUUUUAUUAGUGGGAAUAAUAUCUCAUAAAGCUUCUGAUUACAUUUCAAUUCCUUAAGAAUAAGAAAAUGAAAAAAACAAGAAAAAAAUAAGAAGAAUCUUUUGUUUGAAAGACUCAAAUGAUUGCGUGAGACUCUAAAAUUAGGUGUCAAGUUAUCUAAAAAUGAAAAUGGUCUUAUGCUAGAACUUUAAUAUUAUAUAUUGGUUUUAAAAAACUAGGGUUUUGUCUAGGUUUUCUAUUUUUGUCAUCGUAUUCAUAAAUCACGGUAAUGUUUUCUAUUUAAGAAGCCGUUAAACUAUUUUAUAGGAUAGUGUUUGAUGUUUUAAUAGAAAAAUAUUUAUUUUAAGCUUUUAUUGUUCUUGAUUGAACUAAAUUUAUUAAAAUAGAAAGCUGAUCUUAAGUCAGUAUUGCAAUUUUCAAACUAGAAUUGCCAAAUCUCUUAGGUAAAAAAUUAUGACUAUCGAAUUAGUCAUCUGAUUAUAUUUAUGUAAUUUUAUAUGGUUUUUGAUAUUUUUAGCUCUUUUUUUUCAAAAUCUAAUAUUAAAUUCUACUAAUUCAUUAAUUGUAUUAUUAUACAUAUCGUAUAUGAUAGUUCACAUUUUUUAUCAUAUAAUGUUAUAAAAUAUAUAUGAAUAGUAUGAUGAGUAAUAAUGGAUAGCGUGAUGCCAUUGUUCGUAAUCGUGGACGAUAUUGUAGAGAUAAUGGAUAGUGUGAUGCCAUUGUUCGUAAUCAUGGACGAUAUUGUAGAGAAUGUAAGCCUUGGAGUUGC